AUGAUCAAAGGAGGAUAUGGUGGCGGUGGAUCUGCUGCUAAUUGGUAUCCAUCCCCAAUUAUUUAUGGUGCAGGAAGCGGAGGCGGCCAAACCGCUGUUAAAUUCGAGAAGAAUACUCUUUGGCAUCGCGUAAUCGUAAGCGGCGGCGGCGGUGGAUCCGAUAAUUACUAUGAAACCGACCUAAUUGGAAAAAUGGACGAUGGAUCAGGAGGUGCUGGCGGUGGGUUUAGUGGACAAGGAUUUUGGAUUGAUGGUGAGUACGUAUCUACUAAGCUUGCAACAUCAAGUUCUGGUUUCACAUUUGGAAAUGGUGAAUCUGCCCAAAGAUAUGGUUCCAAGAACGAAAAAGGAUUCAAGCCUGAAAAGGGAGAUAGUGAUAGGCCUGGUGCUGGCGCUGGAUGGUUUGGAGGCUUCGCUGGGCAUCACGGAAACGGUGGUGCCGGUGGAGGUUCUUCAUCGGCUUUGUCAUCGGAUGCUUACAUACCAGAAGACUUAAUUACAGCAUAUGAUAAUAAUUACGAGGAAUUUGAGUCUCACUAUUAUGAAUUUAAUAAACAAUCGGGAUACCUUUUCCAAAAUGUAGUGUCAUAUCCUGGUGUUUGGGAAGGCAAUGGAAAACUUGUGAUUACUGUUCUUAAACAAGAAUAUUAUAAUUAUAUUAUAUCAGGUUGUAAAUUGAAGGCUUAUAGUAAUAAUUAUAUUUGUCAACUUGGAUUUGGAUCUGUUUAUCUCAUUAACUUAAUCAUGUAUUUAGGAUUUUUUUAA